CGUCUCCCCUCCCGUUCAGACUGAAUGCUAAUCACAUGACCAGGCUCCUGCUUCUGCUGCUGCUGGUGUUGUCGAGCUGUCAAAGAGAAUCCAAACUGUCAACAACACAGUUACUGUUGCGUGAUGGAGCUACUAUGGGGUGGGUUGCACACCCCGUGACAUGUGGACCUAAGCAGGACCCUCCCACCUUGCACCCCUUCUCCAACAACAUAGCCUACGACUGCUGUCAUGGCUUCCAGCUACCCUCCCCCCUUUGAAGGCACAGGUGAAGUGAAGGAGGGCUUUCUUUGCCCGCUGUGCCUGAAAGACCUUCAGUCAUUCUACCAACUCCAAGACCACUAUGAAGAGGAGCACUCUGGGGACGACCGCCAUGUUAGGGGACAGCUCAAAAGUUUGGUACAGAAGGCAAAGAAAGCCAAAGACAAGCUGUUAAAGAGGGAUGGAGAUGACAGACCAGAUACUGGCAGUUAUGAGUCCUUCUACUAUGGUGGAGUGGACCCCUAUAUGUGGGAGCCUCAGGAACUGGGAGCGACUAGAAGUCACCUGGACUUAUUUAAAAAACACAGAGCAGCCAGGAUAGAUCAUUAUGUCAUUGAGGUCAACAAGCUCAUCAUCAGACUGGAAAAGUUGACGUCCUUUGACAGGACCAGCUCGGAUGCUGCCAAAAUCAGAGCCAUUGAGAAGUCUGUAGUUUCAUGGGUGAAUGACUCAGAUGUUCCGUUCUGUCCCGACUGUGGAAACAAGUUCAACAUCCGGAACAGACGGCACCACUGUCGUCUCUGUGGGUCCAUCAUGUGCAGGAAGUGCAUGGAGUUUGUCCCCUUACCCUUGGCCCAAAAGCUUAUUAACGGGACCCGAGAAGCCCUGUGUGUACAGGGAAGCCCUGGUCAGUCGCAGUCUCCCCCAGCAGGAGGUGGCAGCAGUGGUAUGGGCUCUAGGAGAGGCAGCAUCAGCAGCCUGAGCAGCGUUACCUCCAUGCUGGAGGAAAAGGACGACGAGAAGAUCCGCUGCUGCCACCACUGUAUGGACACACUAUUAAAGAGGCAGCAGAAACUGGAAGAGAAGGACCACAUGCCUGAUAUAGUGAAACUUUAUGAGAGGCUGAGGAUGUGCAUGGAGAAAGUGGAUGAAAAGGCUCCAGAAUACAUCAGAAUGGCUGAGUCGCUCAAUGCUGGAGAAACUACAUACAACCUUGACACUGCUGGUGGACUGAGACUGGAAGUACAGAAAUACUAUGAACUAAUCGAUGCUCUAAGUAAGAGGAUUUUAACACUGGGACUUAAAGAUGAUCCACAACCGCAUCCAAAGGCGCUCCAGCUGCAGAGGAUGGUCCGGUAUACAGCCACAUUAUUUGUUCAGGAGAAGCUGUUAGGUCUCAUGUCUUUACCCACUAAGGAGAAAUAUGAGGAGCUGAAAGAAAAGAGGAAACAAGAACAAGAGAAGAGACUCCAACAAGAAAGACUGCAGGCAGCCCAAGAGGCCCUGAAGAGGAGGCAGGAGUCUGAGAGAAACCGUCCACCCGUCAGUACCAAUGGAGAGCUGCUGCAGGCCCCUAGAGCACCACGCAUGACCAAAGCUGGUGGUUGGUUGCCCUCCGCAGACUCCGUGCACACACGCAUCGAGCUGGAAGACCCUCUCCUGCAGCAGAUUGAGAACAUUCAAUCAUUCCUGCGUCAGGCACGAGAGGCCAACAGGACAGACGAGGUGGCCAUGUUGGAGGAGAACCUGCGUCAGCUGCAGGAUGAAUACGACCAGCAGCAGACCAGCCUGGCCAUCUCUCUCUCCCAGAAGCUGGCUGAGGAGGAGAGCUUGCAGCAGGGGGAGUUCCAUCGCCUGGAGGCCAGGGAAAGGGAGGAGAGGGAGCACUGGGGCCCCGCAUUGGGCUCCACCCAGCCUUCCUACACCUGGGAGAAGUCUCUGAAUAUUGGCUCUCCGGGGGGUUUCCAGGAAGAGGAAGACACUGCAGCAGAGGAUCUGACGCCUAAAGCUGAGAGGAGCCCGUCGUCUCUACGAGCAUUCCCUGCUCUCACAAGCCAAGAGGAGUCACCUCCUAGGCUGAGGAGCUUAGGGGGACAUGUAACCCCCCCUGGUGGUGAAGGACAGAACAGUACCUCCCUUAACCCUUUCGAUGAGGAGGACUCUACUCCUAUUGAGGAGGAUCCCUCCAAUCCUUUCUCUGAGGACAUCAAGAGGGAACACAAAGAAGUAACCAAUGGGAAGAAAGAAUACAACCCCUUUGAUGAAGAAAACGUCACUGAUGACAAACAGGCUGAGACUGCACCUGGCAACCCCUUCGAGGAAGAUGACGACACUGACCCGCAUAACCCUUUUAUGGAGGCCUCUGGGAAUUCUCCAGAAGUCUCAACUAACCCCUUCGAUGGGGAGGAUGAUGACGAGGCUUUGCCUGAUUUGGACAUGAUAGAAGAGGAACUGCUGCUGCAGCAGAUCGACAACAUUAGGGCCUACAUUUUUGAUGCCAAGCUCAGCGGCCGUCUCGACGAGGUGGAGCUCCUGUCAGAGAAUCUGAGAGAGCUACAGCACACCCUACAGGAACAAAAGAAAAAGAAGCACUGACACCUUUUCUUCAAAAUUCCCACCCAUCACCUGCUAUUUACCAAGUCCUACAAGGCUAGCUUUAUAUGACUAAUGAGCCCACUGAUCAUAGGUUGGGUGAGGUCUGCUGCACCACAGAAAGAUUAGGUCGGUCCCAAUGUUAAAUGUAUAAAAAAAUCAGCAGUCUAGAAAGACUCCGUUACUUUCCAAACAUCUUUCUCAACCACUUAUCCUGCACAGGGUCACAGAGGGCUGGAGCCUAUCCCAGGAUGCACAGUUUUUAAGCACCACAGUGUUGCUGAAGAUAUUAACUCUGUUUUAUCAGUGAAAACAUGAACAAUGGAAGACAGAAGAAUGCCACUUUAAAGAUUUUUUUUUUACGACAGUCGGAUGUUUCUUUGAGUUGAGACUGGCUGUAGUCUCGUGGAGGUCAGAAUGUGUGAUUUGGUUCUCUGGCAGAAACUAUAAAUGAAGACUUAAUGUGUUACCAUGGCUAAGGUUGAACAAAGCCAUGGCUGAACAAACAGCCGUGGGAACAGUCCAUAGAUGCACAAAAUUUAUCGUUAAACAAUAAAUUAUUUUGAGAGCUUUUGUUGCCAAAUUAAAUUUAGAGGACUCCAUCGAUAUAACACCGAUAGAGUUUUUAUAAAACGCAGCAAAAUUGAUGAUUCAGAACCCAAGGAUUUUUUUUUAUUCCAUGCAUUCUUCUUGCUUGCUUAAAAUCUAGUGCCUACAUUACAAAUACUAAAUAUACUAGUAGCUGCUAGCCUCAAACAGAGAUGAGGAGCAGACUACAGAGGUCUUGUAAGCUCACUUCUUUCUAAUUCCAGACCCCCACAACUUCCAUUUAUUUGUGGCUACUUUAAAUCCUUGCUUUUCACUUAACUAAUGCCAGAAAACCAAACCAUGCAUGACUGUGGGCGACUUGGCCAUGGAAAUUUAAUGAGAAACUAAUGCAGUCAGACUUUCGUUUUUGGGCAGCCUGGUAAUUGAUCAUUAAAUAAAUUGUUAGAUAUUAAUAUAUGAUCACAGGCCUAAAUUACUAAUUCAGUCACACCACUUGCACCACUCGUCCCUGCAGCACUUAUGAGCCUUUUCUCAUAGAUCUGAAAAAUAAUUUAAAGGCAUAUUACACAGAAUUAUGCCAUUUUCGUUGCUAGUUGCUUGUCAGCCAUGCUGAUAGUGAUGUAUCUAUGAUUUCAUGAUUGUAAGGAAAAGCUUUUAAUCAUUAAUCACACUGCUAAUAACUACAGGUACGUUAGCUGUACGAUAUUCAGUUUCAGUGAAAUUUUUUUAUUUUUUUUUCUGUAAAACUGAAUUCAAGUGAACAUGUUAAGUUGUUAGGUGACAUUUUCUCUGUCUGCAUGGUUGAUAUGAUCUAGCAGAUUCAGUUAAUUAUAGGUUUUUUGUGCAUCUGGUCUGUGUCACAAUCAGCUUUGACAUGGUUGCAUUUGAGACCUUUCUUUAAAAAUUGCAUCUUAAAUGCCACAGGAAGCCAAGUGAACAAAAGGUUUUCUACGUCCUACUGUGUGACCCCAGCAGGUUGUGAUCUUGUUGUUUACAGUGGCUCUACCGAUCCAACUGAGCACUUGGGUUGUGUGAUUCAUGUGUCUGUGUGUCUUUGAAGUGCAGUUUGAUGCUGGUCUUCCUAUGGAGCUGGUGGCUGGGUCUGUCUUCCUGCUUUUGUUUUGUUUUUUUGGACAAAGUGAUAAAAUCUCUAAAUACAUCGCUCUUGUUCCGUGACAUCAGCGAAGAUCUGUAUGUAAAGCAUGUUAUCUGUCGAGUAGUUUCAUCAUUCAAGUUCAUCCAUUCAGCUCAACCAGCACUCACCAUAUACAUACUAAACACUAUUUGCCAAGGCACACUUGUAGGCAACUUCAAGUCAACGAACAAAGCACCAGAAUUCACUGAAAUCCCAGUGUGUACAGAAUUCAGUCCUUAGGUCAAAGCAACAUUUUAGACAUAUUUACACUACAUGAAUGCCAGCAAGUAUUAUCACUCACAGUGCUGCUAAGUCUGUCCUUACAUGAAUCUCAUUGUGCUUUCCUGUCAGUCUGACUGUUCACAUUUCUCUUCAUGGAUCGAAGUGUUUUGUGUUGUCCGUCAAUCUCACACUGCUUAUCUGUGACGUCCACAGACAACUGAGCAAAACAUGUGACACUAGAUGUUUUGUGACAGUGUGAAUAACUUGAGGAGCUUCUUCAUGUGUGUUAGCAAUUGAUUUUUCGCUUUGGAAGUAAUUUGACUAACAACUCUGCAUUUAAAACAGUAACUGCAAAAUACUGUAAAACUAAAAUUUUGGACACACAGAGAUCAAUUUAUUAACUUUAGAAAAUUCCAUCUCAGCAGCACCAAUAAAAAAAGUUGUCUACAGUAAAA